UGAAAAAUAUAACGAAUAAGAAUAUUGAAUUUACUUUCCGAGGGCUUAUGGCUCCAGUAUUUACUCCAUUUAAUGAUGAUGUAAAUAAAACAUUAAAUUUAAAAAUAAUUCCUCAAUAUGCAAAAUUCCUUGAAUCUAAAAAUAUUACUGGCAUUCUCGUUGGUGGAACAACUGGUGAAGGACUAUCUUUAUCAAUAGAAGAAAGAAAACAAUUAGUUGCAGCUUGGGCUUCUGCUGUAAAAGAAACUAAACAACAUUUAAUGGUCCACAUUGGUGGAUUAACUUUUGCUGGUGUGAAAGAACUUACUAUAUUUUCUGAAAGUUUACACGUAGAUUCUUUAUUAUGUCUACCUGACUUAUUUUAUAAACCUACAAAAAUUGAAGAGCUUUUUGAUUACUUUAGUAGUAUUGGAAAACUUGCUCCAAACACUCCAUUGUUAUAUUAUCAAUCUUCAAAAGUAAAAAUUAAUAUCAAGGCAGAUGAAUUUUUUAAAUUUAGUGAGGACAAAAUUCCAACUUUAGUAGGAGUAAAGUUAGAUAGUAGUGAUAUAAAAGAUGGCUUACAAGCGCUAACAGUAAGCAAAAGAUUUACAGUUAUUUAUGGCAGUAAAAUGAUUAUAUUAGCUGGAUGUGCAAUAGAAGUAAAUACUUUUAUGUCGGCGACUAUGAAUUUUAUUCCUGAGUAUUCCAUUAAAUUAAUAAAAUUCUGUAACGAAGGUAGUAAUUUUAAUGAAGCAAGAAAGAAUCAAAAUAUUCUAAACAAAAUAGAAAAGGAAAUACUACAAUAUGGUGGAUAUAUUGAAACUAUGAAAACUGCUAUGAGUUUAAUGACUAAUUUAUAUAUGGGACCUCCACGACUCCCUCUAAAGUCGCUUUCUCAAGAAAAUGUUGAUAAGAUGCAAAAAAGUUUAUUAACUAUUAAAUUAUAG